UAGAAAUGGGCGCGACCAUUUGUAAAUUCAAUGGGUCUGGCUUCCGGUCUCAAAUGCGUCCACUCCGUCCAACUAUUUCUAGCUGAACAAACCAGUUCGUUUUGCUGCUUGAUAUUGAAAGUUGUUGUGUCAUCAUAUUAUCUUAAUGUAUUAUAUUAAUUAUGAACACAAUGGUUUGUAGAGAAAACAGUUUGACCGUUUAGAUAUUCGUCGUUAUUCUCCUCGUUAUUUACCUGUAGAGGCUAUUGGAUCGGAAGUCUCACCCAUAGGCUUACUUCCGCGUUGAAGAAAAAGAUUACGUUGCUUAUGAUUGGUCUGGAUGCAGCAGGGAAAACAACAGUGCUCUACAAACUCAAACUCGGUGAAGUUGUCACAACUAUUCCAACUAUUGGUUUUAAUGUUGAUAAAGUUGAUUAUAAAAACAUCUCCUUCACUGUGUGGGAUGUUGGCGGUCAGACCAAAAUCAGAGAUCUUUGGAAAUGUUAUUAUCAGGACACUGAGGGCCUGAUCUUUGUGGUGGACAGCAGUGAUCAUGACCGGAUUGAAACAGCAGCAGAGGAACUAAACGCGAUGCUGGCGGAGGACGAGAUGAGAGACGCGGUUCUGUUAGUUCUUGCUAACAAGCAGGAUUUACCCAAAGCCAUGCCGGUCCACGAGCUGACAGACAGACUGGGUUUACACGCACUGAGAGGACGACAGUGGUUUGUUCAGGACACAUGUGCGGUUCAAGGGUCAGGUUUAUAUGAAGGACUGGAUUGGCUCUCAGAUCAACUGUCCAGACGACAUUAUUAA